AUGGCGCGUCUCGAGGAUCCAACUGCCCUCACUCAGCUCCCUGACGAGCCUGCCCGAGUGCGAUACACUCCCUCUGAGCUGCAAGAUUACUUCAAAACUCUCAGGUUUCCUCAGAGGUUUCUAGACCUUGGCAACAGCGUGUUGAAAGACCCCUCGCUGGCCCGGACAAAAGAACAUGGCCUUCCUCUGCUGCAAGCCAUAACUCGCUAUCACACAUGCAAUGUCCCUUUUGAGAACCUCGUCCUUCACUAUGAUCCUCAUAAGAUCGUCACUCUAGACCCUACGGAGCUAUACACCAAGAUCGUAAUGCGACGUCGAGGAGGGCGAUGUAUGGAGAACAACAUCUUUCUCGGCACAGCUCUUCGCUCACUUGGCUACGAAGUGCGCAACUGCGGUGGUCGUGUAUCACGCGCCAUGAGCCCCUACCCCGAGGUUCGCAAGAACCAAAGCGCGACUUACGACGGAUGGAACCAUAUGCUUCUUCUCGUGUUCCUGGGCGAUGAAUGGUACGGCGUCGAUGUAGGAAUGGGGUCCAUGGGACCUAACCUCCCUUUCCCGCUGCAAGAUGGCUUCGAGAGUCUCAGCAUUGCACCCCGGGAGAUCCGCAUUCAGAAACGCUCCAUCUCAGAGACAUACGCUACAAGUCCUUCUCACGCCACAAAAGUGUGGUGCUACGACGUAUGCUACAAUCCAGCGGAGAGUGAAAAGACAUGGACGCCUGUGUAUUGCUUCACCGAGACAGAAUUCCUACCCCAGGACUAUGAGGUCAUGUCUUGGUUUACGUCAACAAACCCGCGGUCUUUCUUCACCAGGUACAUCACUUGCACCAAGAUGAUUAUGGAUGAGGACAAGGAGGUGAUUAUUGGAAACCUCACCCUGUUCAAGGAUACUGUUAGGGAGACGAUUGGUAGUGACCGCAAGGUCGUCAAGAAAUUUGAGACGGAAGAGGAGCGUAUCAAGGGUUUGGUAGAGAUUUUUGAUGUCAAUUUGACGCAGGAGGAGAAGAACAGUCUUCCUCAAGACAAGAGACUUGCGUAG